UACGGGUGUUUGUGGCUUCCUGACUUAGAGGAAACGGCUUUAACCUUAAUGGUUUUGCUUAGCUCUAAAUAGAGGAAGUAGGUAAGAAUGUCAAACAAGCUAGUAGUAUUUCAAUCAUGCCUAUAUUGCUUUGCUGCUUUAAUGUCUGCCAAGUAGGAAAGGGUCAGGUGAGCAUAUUUGAAUACCUGACCAGCAGUUCAGGCCCGAUUCUGAAAUUGUUGUGACAGCACGCACCCUUCUUCAAGUAACAGCCACAGCUUACUUGCCCACAGUUUCCAAAUCUUUGGUAAAUGUUUUAAAGAGGUUUUAUAUAGUUUUAAAUAUGCAAUAAAAAUACGUUUCUAGAAUAAAGUUUGUGCAACUACAAUUGACUGAAAAUGGGUUUUACAUAAAUGAUUAAAAACUGGACAUUCACAUAGAUGCUGAAAUGUUAUCCACUCUUGCUUGAUUGUAUUGCGUUGCAUAACAGGGCAGGUAACUGCAGUUGCAUUCAUGUUCUUUGUUUCUUCACCUUUGCCCUACUAAAAGGUCAUGCUGAAAAUAAAUCAUUACAGCACAGAAAUGGCUGACGCUGUUAGAGAAGCCAGCGUAUUAUACUGUCGGUACAGUUGGGUGAUUUCCUUACUUUUAACAGAAAAUGUAAACUUUUGUUAUUUGGUUUGUUAUUUCCUCUGUGGUUAGAUUCACUGACUGAAGGGGGAGAUGGAUAAUGCACCACUUUCUAGAAGGGCUAGUGUUUUCACUUCACAAGAAUUUCACCUUCACUGUCAUACACAUGGCUGUUAAUUAUUGGCUGAUCUUUCUCCUUGUCUGAUUUUGAGUUUGAUGUUUUUGAUCUGUGGAUUUGUUUUGUAUGUUUCGUUUCAUAUCAGAAGACGGCACAGGCAAUGGCGCGCAUGUGUGUACAUUAGAAAGAGGAGGGACUGUGUGUGCUCUUGCCUGUAUUUGUUUUGUUCUGGGGGUGUGGUUAGGUUUGACGUCACACACUACGGAGUGUCACACCAUUCUCAUAUAGAAACAGCUUCCUCUUUGCUAGCACAUUCAUACAGCAAGUGAGCAACAGGGUGGGUUUUUUUUCUUUUUUUUCCCCUGUAGAAGGAUGUGGUAAAGAGGCCUUAUGUACGACAACUUAACUGGAACUACAUGCAUAAUGUCAAGAGGAUUUUAAAGAUUUUUCUGGGAGGGGGGGAGUGUUAAUAUUUGUUUAGUUCUUAGUUACCUUUUCUGUUUUGAGGCCUGUACGCAGGCUUUUUAGAAAAAGCAACUAGACAUAAUUUUUUUAAAUUAUUGUUUAUUUAUUAGGAUAGGAAAUGCCUACUGUCAGUAGGUAUAUGACUUUUCGUUCAUCAAAGCGAUUUAAAUUCACCAGCUACCCCGUAGAGAGCAGCAGUGGUGGGCUGCCAGCCAAAGUAAGGAAAAGCAAGAGCACCUUAAGCAAUGGCAGCAUCAAGAAGGUGGACGCGAGGAAAGCUUUGAGUUUAGAGGCGGCCCAGCUCGAGAUCGAGCAACAGCACAAAACCCUGACCAGACAAGCACCUGUCAGGGCGCAAACUUUUGACGUCGACAGCAAAGACUUUAAGAAGACCGAGGGCACUGGCUCACAAAGUAGUUUUAAAAAGCACAACAAAACAUUUCACAAGUUGUUUCCAGACAUUCCCGAGAGUGAAGACUUGAUUCAUGCGUACAUCUGCGCCCUGCAGAAGGAGGUGCCCUACCAUGGUCGGCUAUACAUCACUGACACGCAUGCUUGUUUCUUUUCCUCUGUUUUGCUUAAGGAUACGAAGGUAGUGGUUCCAGUUUCCUGCAUUAAAAGAGUGAAAAAGCAGAAUACAGCUUUGCUGGUACCCAACGCCUUGUCAAUUCGCACCACAGAGGGAGAUAAGUACCUCUUUGUGGCUCUGCGGAAUAGAGAGUCGUGUUUUCAGCUGCUGCGUUCAGUCUGUCCUCAGCUAGAGGAUGUCAGUGCAAACAGUAGCCCUCUCUUCUCCUCAGCUGAAAACAGCUUUGAUAAGAACAAACUUGUGAACUCCAGCCAGUCCAGUCUGGACGAUAGCUUCGACCAAUUCAAUGGCUCCAAGUCUCAGACUUUACAAGAGGACCGCCCUCUGCAUAGACUGCAUACAGAGGCAGUGCCUAAUGUAAAUGGUUCCUCUCUGAAGAGCCUACGUAUGCAGCAGAGUGAAAGUUCAUCUACAGAAGAGCUGUCUGUGUCAGGUGGAUCAUGGGUGUGGAAUGUGACUGAAAAAGCCAAGUCCCUGGUGGUUCAGAGAGAGGCCAGCAACCUCAACACUCUGCUCUUCAUUUACUUGAUUUUGGUGGUGCUGCUGCUGCUGUCUUCGGGCUACAUCGGUUUACGUAUCGUGGCCCUGGAGGAACAGCUGACGUCCCUGGGCGCUCUGCCUGAAUUCAACUUCCAGAGCAGGUACCAACAAGACACAUAACAAUCAGCAACUUAAGGAGAGAUUGGUUGACUCAUGAUCGGAAGAUCAUUUCUGCCUCUUCCCAGCAGAACCAGCCAGGGAACUUUAACGUACUCAGACUUUGGUCUCGACGUGGCCUGCGCAAAAGAAGAGUGGCCAACAUGUGCAAUUUCAGACACAACUUGUUGACUUGAAGGGCUAUAUUUCCUCCAAGUGCAGUAAACAACACAGCAAAACAAAAGGACAUGCUGCGACCCAGUCACAUAGAGCCGAGCCAAAAACGUGUACACGCACUGCCUGGUUGCAGUGUCUGUUUGAACCAAAGCCAAACGACUCUAUCUUAUCGAGGUGCCACAUUAGUCAAGUCGAUAGGCACGCUUCUGGCAGCAACUGUUCCACAUCUGUGAAUUUACGUUGUCCUCUUCUUUCUGAGCAUGCAUUCUUGAACAGGGCUUAAAGCAUUAGCCUGCUGUAGUGCCGAUGAUUGCACCUCUCUCGACGUAGUGCUAUGCAUAGCCAAAGAUGCACACGUCUUUUGCAUGAGUGAUGAUGGAAUGAUGUUUUUUGUCUGUUAUUUAGCCCUCAAUCAGCAGUGGUGUCUAUCCGCCUUUUAAAUCCAGUCACUUUCGGGUACUUCUCUUCAAAUGGUUCUUAUAUUCCGAAUCGGCGGUGGGUUGAAAUGAUGAUGGCUAAGAUCCAAACUUCAGAUCAGCCCGCAGAGGCUCGAUACUUUCCUGAUAGUCUUGUCCUUUCUCUCUCUCUCUGUCCAAGCAGAAAUGAUUGCAGUAUUACUUCUUGAGUUUGGCAGGAUUUAAACCUGUUUAAUGAUCAUUGCUCAAAAGUGAUUUUUUUCUUCUUCCCAGUCUCUACUGGAUAAAUGCAUCAACAAUGCACAAAAUACACAAGAAUAUUAGGAAGCUGUAUUAGCUAAAGAAAUGUUUUUGAGUACAGCUUUUCGCUGACUUUGGUCUUCAAGAGUAGCAAUCAAACCUGUCUUUUUGAUGUCAACUGCAAACCUCUCUAUGACAGGCCUGUUGGGGACCAAGGUGGCAUUUCUUCAGGUUAUUUAAAGUAGCACCAAUAACAUAUUUCUAAUGUAGGUGUCUGGGGAAAAACGGGCACUUGACUGAUUCUGUGUAAUCUUUGUCACCUGAAGACGAUUUUUAUUAUUAUUUUUUCUUAAAUAACCACACUUGCUGCAAGGUCCGAGAUUAUCAUAAGUAAAAGGAGUGGUCCCAAAAAGAAAUUUCAAUAUGCAACGAAUUGUUUUGCAUGACAAAAUGUAAUUUCUGUGAGCAGUUUGUUUGUUUUGUUUUUUAAAUGGAACUUGAUGUUUGUGGAAAUUGAGUGAAAGAAUCGUCUCGAGGGAGCAAGCGCACUUUAAAAACUUGUGGUGUGCCUGUCACAAUCCAAGACGCUGUUUGGAUUGAGAAGAAAUGGCAAAAGUGGUGUUCUGUGGUAACUAAAGGUGCUUAGACCUUAUUUUUAAACAACAAAAAAGAUUUCACUCAGGGGUGGUGGGGCACUACCCACCAUGUGGUUUUAGGUUGUCAACUUUUCCGCUCAUUUCAAAGUCUUGUUCUCAUGGUGGGGUUCACAUUCUAUCCUCUGUGGUUCCUCCAGUGUUCCUUAAAGAAAGAACACUGUUUCAUUGAGUUUGCUCAACUUUACCAAUUGAUAAAACUGUUUGUUUUCUGUGUUU